GGCUGCUGGCGCUCGGCAGAGCUCUCUCCUGCUGCUGCCUCCGUCGCGCUCGCUCCCCAUUUGGCGAGCGGAGUCGGCCCAGCAGCAUCCGGAGUCGCACCGCGGCGCAGCAAAGGAAGUAGCGCGGCAGCGGCGGUGAGGAGCGAACCCCCGGGGAGCAGCCAUGUUGGCUGACGGGAUGCCGUGACUCUCCUGCGCCGGGAAGGGAAGGCGCCCGCGGAGGCCCUCCCGCGGCACCAGGCAGCGCAGCGAACAGGAAGCGGCUCCUGGGCGGCGGCGGCGGCGUUGGCACUGCUGGGCGGGGGGCUCGGCUACCGAGAAGGAGGCGGCGGCGGCUGCAGCGUGCCCAGAAGGAGGGAGUCGAGGGCAGGGCGAAAGCCGCCCCCAAGUCCCGGAGCGGCAGAGACCCGCUGCUGCUGCUGCUGCUUCUGGCUUCCGUGAGCCAGACUUAUUACAGAUAGAAUGAAAAAGUUCAAGAGGAGACUUUCCCUAACGUUGCGUGGGAGCCAGACGAUUGAUGAGUCACUUUCUGAACUGGCCGAACAAAUGACCAUUGAAGAAAACAGCAGUAAAGAUAACGAGCCUAUUGUGAAGAAUGGCAGACCUCCAACAUCCCAUAGUAUGCACUCAUUCCUUCACCAGUACACGGGAUCCUUCAAAAAGCCUCCGCUACGAAGACCACACAGUGUUAUCGGUGGCAGCCUUGGCUCUUUCAUGGCAAUGCCAAGGAACGGGAGCAGAUUAGAUAUUGUACAUGAAAAUCUGAAAAUGGGAUCAGAUGGUGAAAGUGAUCAAGCUUCCGGAACGUCGUCUGAUGAAGUCCAAUCCCCUACAGGUGUUUGCCUCAGAAACCGGAUACACAGAAGGAUUUCCAUGGAGGACCUGAACAAGCGUUUGUCACUACCUGCAGACAUCAGGAUACCAGAUGGAUAUCUUGAAAAGCUACAGAUAAACAGUCCACCGUUUGAUCAACCAAUGAGCAGACGAUCUCGCAGAGCAUCCCUGUCUGAAAUCGGAUUUGGGAAAAUGGAAACUUACAUAAAAUUGGAAAAGCUUGGUGAGGGCACCUAUGCAACUGUAUAUAAGGGAAGAAGUAAGCUGACAGAAAACUUGGUAGCUUUGAAAGAAAUCAGAUUAGAACACGAAGAGGGGGCACCAUGCACAGCCAUUAGAGAAGUGUCAUUGUUAAAAGAUCUAAAACAUGCAAAUAUCGUUACACUACAUGAUAUUGUUCAUACAGACAAAUCGUUAACUCUGGUCUUUGAGUACCUGGACAAAGAUUUAAAGCAGUAUAUGGAUGAUUGUGGUAACAUUAUGAGUAUGCACAAUGUAAAGUUAUUUUUAUACCAGAUUCUACGUGGUUUGGCAUACUGUCACAGGAGAAAAGUGCUACAUCGAGAUCUGAAACCACAAAAUCUACUAAUUAAUGAAAGAGGAGAAUUAAAACUAGCAGACUUUGGUUUGGCUAGAGCAAAAUCUGUCCCUACGAAGACCUAUUCCAAUGAGGUUGUCACAUUAUGGUAUAGGCCGCCUGAUGUUCUCCUUGGAUCUUCCGAAUAUUCAACGCAAAUUGACAUGUGGGGAGUUGGGUGCAUAUUUUUUGAAAUGGCAUCUGGAAGACCUCUAUUUCCCGGGUCAACUGUUGAAGACGAAUUGCACUUAAUUUUCAGACUUCUAGGAACUCCAUCACAAGAAACGUGGCCAGGCAUUACUUCCAGUGAUGAAUUUAGGAACUACAACUUUCCCAAAUACAAGCCACAGCCUUUAAUCAACCAUGCUCCAAGGCUUGACUCGGAAGGAAUUGAACUGAUAGUAAGAUUUCUUCAGUAUGAAUCAAAGAAAAGGAUUUCAGCAGAAGAAGCUAUGAAGCAUGCGUAUUUUAGAAGUCUUGGAACAAGGAUACAUGCCCUGCCAGAAAGUGUGUCAAUAUUCACUCUGAAAGAGAUUCAGCUUCAGAAAGAUCCUGGCUUUCGAAACUCCACUUAUCCAGAGACGGGGCAUGGAAAGAACAGAAGGCAAAGCAUGCUGUUCUAGAAGUCGACCACACAGGUUCCAAGCCCAAGGCUGCCUUGCACCUAUCGAGGACUCUAGCCUGAAGGCAGUUCCUUCCCUUGGUGGACUUGAAAUCUUGUUUGUCUACACUGUCCUCCUCACAGUGCAGUCUUUUUAUUUCAGACCUGCUGGUUAUGUUUUUAUAUUUGUUGUCACAGUGUGACAAAUUUUUGUACAGUCAAUUUUACGGUCUCCUCUGCCAUUAGAGCCAGUAGGUUACAACUGUUAAUGUAACAGUAGCUGCAAUUUUUGUGCAGGACUGAGAAACACAGUGCAUUAUUUAUUGCGGAAUCAUUGCUGCUAAAUAACUACUGUCUGUAUAGUUAACAAACAAUUGAACACCUGCAGAAAUUGCAGUGGCUUUAUAUAAUAUGUGAAUGCAUCUGUUUCUCCAUGAAUUAUUGCUGCAGUUUUAUAUCUUAUCUUUUCUUUUUUUUAACUGCAAUGUUUCCUGGAAUGUAAACAAAGCUUUCUUGACUGUUAAAUAGGUAAAUUUGUCUUUUAAUGCUCUUAAAUUCAUGGCCCUUCAACUUCUUAUUUAAUAUUAGAUGUAAAGUAACAAAACUUAUUACAAAAGACCUUUUUUCAAAGCACUUAGUACUGACGUUGAUCUGAAGAAGUGAGGGAAAAACAGUUCCUUUUGUUACAUGCUAUCAGGUUCCAUGUCUAUUAGUGCGGAUUGGCUUACAAAUUGAAGCUUGGUAUUAUUCUUGAUGUUUAUUGAAUGACUAAAAACAAAACGAUGGGAUCCGGGCGUCCCAGCCCCAUGCUUCCAUGGCUGUUCAGUGUCAACAUAUUUUUCUGGAAAUCCACUGGAAGAAUGCAAGUCCAUACUAGAGAAGUCCAUCACUCUGCAUUGCAGACUUUGUAAAGCAUGAGAACUUAGAGGGUUUUAAAGAUCUUAGAUGUUAUCUCUUUUUUUUGGAGCUAGUCAACAUGUUACUACUAAGCUUAUGCAUCUCAGUGAGUAUCAUAAAUACCUCCUGGUGAUAGUAACAGUAUUUUUAAGCAUUUGUGUUCCCCUUUCUGGACCUAUUUGUUUAGUGCAUCUUCAAGAGGCUGUAAAUCUUUAUUGGUAUAUUUUGAAAUGGUUAUGUAAAUCUUUGGCUGGUAUAUCAUGAAAAUAGUCAUAGAUAACUUAAUUUUUUUUCCUGAAGUUCACUGUAAAACAUUCAGGGGUCCUACCAUUUCUGUUCAGGAAAUCUUGUAGUUUAUUAUUGUUAUUUAACAGUAUUAAGUGAAAAAAAUAUUUUGUAUGUUCCUUUAACUUUAUUUGUGAAUAGUGAUUGUGGCAUGUUUGGGGAUGUUUUAUUAAUAUUUCAUGAUACUAGUAAAUUGAAUUUGGGAACUUUUUUUUUUAAAUUUUCUGGACUGGAAGAGAUGACAAAUUCAUGUGUAAUGGUGACUAUUGGACCACUGCUGCUUUUCAGCAUUUGUAAGCUGGUUUUACGUUAAAGAAGCCCUGUAGAGCUAACAAACUGCUGUUAUUUCUAACUGAUGGACCUGUAUUAAUAUUGUACUUUUGAAAGUAUAAAUAUUAUAUGGAAAAUC